AGGGCAAACCUUACUCAGCUCCGAGCGGUCUUUGCAAGUGGGGUCAAAGAGCCACCCUGCACCAAAAAAAGAGCAUUAUGUCACCGGAGACCCAAGACCAGACAACACAAGGACCCCAGCAGCCAUGUCGAAGCCCCAUAGUGAAGUGGGAUCCGCCUUCAUUCAGACCCAGCAGCUGCAUGCAGCCAUGGCCGACACGUUCCUGGAGCACAUGUGCCGCCUGGACAUUGACUCCGCACCCAUCACGGCCCGAAACACUGGCAUCAUCUGUACCAUUGGCCCAGCUUCCCGGUCAGUGGAAAUGUUGCAGGAGAUGAUUAAGUCUGGAAUGAAUGUGGCCCGUCUGAACUUCUCUCAUGGAACUCAUGAGUACCAUGCAGAGACCAUCAAGAAUGUGCGCAUCGCCACAGAGAGCUUUGCUUCUGAUUCCAUUCUCUACCGGCCAGUUGCUGUGGCCCUGGACACUAAGGGCCCUGAGAUCCGAACUGGGCUCAUCAAGGGCAGCGGCACCGCGGAGGUGGAGCUGAAGAAGGGCGCCACUCUCAAGAUUACUCUGGAUAACGCGUACAUGAAAAAGUGUGACGAGAACGUCCUCUGGCUAGAAUACAAGAACAUUUGCAAAGUGGUGGAAGUGGGCAGCAAGAUCUACGUGGAUGAUGGGCUUAUUUCUAUGCAGGUGAAGGAGAAAGGUGCUGACUUCCUGCUGACAGAGGUGGAAAACGGUGGCUCACUGGGCAGCAAGAAGGGCGUGAACCUCCCUGGGGCUGCUGUGGACCUGCCUGCAGUGUCGGAAAAGGACAUCCAGGACCUGAAGUUUGGGGUAGAGCAGGACGUGGAUAUGGUGUUUGCAUCUUUUAUCCGCAAGGCAGCCGAUGUCCAUGAAGUUAGGAAGGUCCUGGGAGAGAAAGGCAAGAACAUCAAGAUAAUCAGCAAAAUCGAGAAUCAUGAGGGAGUUAGAAGGUUCGAUGAGAUCCUGGAGGCCAGCGAUGGGAUCAUGGUGGCUCGUGGUGAUCUGGGCAUUGAGAUUCCUGCAGAGAAGGUCUUCCUAGCCCAGAAGAUGAUGAUUGGGCGGUGCAACCGAGCUGGAAAACCUGUCAUCUGUGCCACACAGAUGCUGGAGAGCAUGAUCAAGAAGCCCCGCCCCACCCGGGCUGAGGGUAGUGACGUGGCCAAUGCAGUCCUGGAUGGAGCUGACUGCAUCAUGCUGUCUGGAGAAACGGCCAAAGGGGACUACCCUCUGGAGGCUGUGCGCAUGCAGCAUCUGAUAGCUCGUGAGGCUGAGGCAGCCAUGUUCCACCGCAAGCUGUUUGAAGAACUUGUGCGCGCCUCCAGUCACUCCACAGACCUCAUGGAGGCCAUGGCCAUGGGCAGCGUGGAGGCCUCUUAUAAGUGUUUAGCGGCAGCUUUGAUAGUUCUGACGGAGUCUGGCAGGUCUGCUCACCAGGUGGCCAGAUACCGUCCCCGUGCACCUAUCAUCGCUGUGACCCGGAACCACCAGACAGCUCGUCAAGCCCACUUGUACCGUGGCAUCUUCCCCGUGCUUUGUAAGGACGCCGUGCUGUCAGCCUGGGCCGAGGAUGUGGAUCUCCGAGUGAACCUGGCUAUGAAUGUCGGCAAAGCCCGGGGCUUCUUUAAGACUGGCGAUGUGGUCAUUGUGCUAACCGGAUGGCGCCCUGGCUCCGGCUUCACCAACACCAUGCAUGUCGUGCCAGUACCAUGA